AUGGAUGCAGUGGAACAACAUUGGAGAACCGAGUUUAUAGGAGAUCCAUUUAUCACAUUUAAGCUAAAAAUGAAAAUCUUGAAGGUUGCUUUAUGUAGGUGGAGUAGAGAAACAUUUGGAGACUUGUUCAAACAGCUGACCAUCAGAGAUGAUAUUGUGAAGAUCAAGGAGCAACUGUUUGAGGAAGAUCCAUCAGAAGAGAAUAGAAUGGUGCUGCAAAGGGCACAUGCUGGAUUCGGAAGGUAUCUGCAUUUUGAGGAAGAGUUUUGGAGACAAAAUCCAGGCAUCCAAUGGCAUUCACAGGGAGAUAGGAAUACAAGAUCUAUUUCAUUCUAUCAAAAUCAAUUUUCUCAGGAAAGUGGUGUAGUUGACUCAAAUUUAAAGGAUCACAUUCCUGAGAGAAUUUCAGAGGAUCAAAAUAAUUUCUUUUGUGCUAAGCCAACUCUUGAAGAGGUUCGAAAUGUUGUUUCUGUGUUAUCAGGUGAUAGUGCUUGUGGACCUGAUGGUUUUUUUGGAGUUCUUUUGAUUGAAGACUUGAGGCCAAUCAGCCUUAGCAAUUUCAUAAACAACAUUAUUUCCAGACUAUUGCAUGACAAGCUAGGGGUGAUCCUGCCAUCUCUAAUAUCUCAAAAUCAGUCUGGAUUAGUGAAAGGUAGAAAUAUUAUUGAAAAUGUGUUGCUUACUCAAGAAUUGGUGACUGAUAUUAGAAAGGGAGGGAAACCUGCUAUUGUUAUCAUUAAGCAGGAUAUGGCAAAGGCUUAUGAUAGACCUUCUUGGAGGUUUCUUGUUCAAGUUCUCAGAAAGAUGGGAUUUGCAUAA